AUGCUUGCAGCACCGUGGUUUUGUGAUGGUUGUGGCCGAAACAAUAGUUCAAUACGAUAUCAGUGUCAACAAUGUCGAGGAUAUAAUACCUACGAUUUAUGUGAGCAAUGCAUCGGCAACGCAAGCAUGAUUCAUCCCAAUCAUACACUUCUACCAGUAUCCCAGCCUGUACUCGGCAUACCUGUCACAACUACAGUGUGGCCUUACUCUAGCGCAUUGCCGACAGUGACAUAUACACCACCAAUGUGGUCAACAUAUAUUCCGUAUAGGCAGCCGACUUUAAGCAUAACCUACGAAUAUAAAAACUUAGCACGUUGA